UAGAAGAUCCAGUCGAUGAUGACUUAAAACAUAACUUGACAGUGAACCUUUUUAAAAUGGAGCCCUUUCCAGAUGCCGUCACUGAUUUCACAAAUCCCGUGCUGAUACCUCAACCGUCGCAGUGCAACUCUGAAGCGCAAGCUACAAAUGAGCAACUCGGUGAACAUCAUUUGGCUGACCAUCCCGGAAUCUUGAUCCAGAACGUGACUUCACUGCCAGCAUCGGGCACAACCGCUGCGUUCACUCAACCUUAUCCGUGGCCUCAGCAAGAGGCGGCUGAAACAUAUGGUGAAGAAACUGCCGCCAAGAAAAAAUCCCAUCCACCGAAGCAGCAACGCUCAUUUGCAUCGAGCAACAGGAAAACGAACCCGGGAAUCCACAGAGAGCGGGCCGCCUCCGUUGGCAAGAAUGGACCGUACGUGUUAAAACGCCCGAAGGCGGAUAUGCUGGAGGGCACCAAAGAGAAGCCGUACCAGUGCGAGCUGUGCGGCUGGAGCUACUCCCACACCUCCAACCUGAAGCGUCACCUACGCACGCACACGGGCGAGCGGCCGUACCGCUGCAACGUGUGCGGAAAGACGUUCUCGCAGAGCUGCCACAUGAGGUCGCACAAGCGCACGCACACGGGCGAGCGGCCGUACCGCUGUGACGUGUGCGGCAAGACGUUCACGCGCUCCACCAUGCUGCGAUUCCACCAGUGUGCGGACGUGGAACACUUCCCGUGAGCGAGUGAAAUGUAGGAGCUACACGAACG